AUGAGGCAAAUUUUCGGCAACAUCCCGUUUUAUUAUAUAUUUUUUAUAAAUUUAUCCCUUUUCCAACAUCAUGUAAUAACAAACGGCGAAAUUACUAAUAUUCAGAAUGGUUAUUUAAGAAAUGGAUGGGGAGGGCAGGGGAAGUUGACCACACAUAACAAUGAUAAUAAUGAUGAUGGCGAUAAUCAUGGCAAUGAUGGUAAUGGUGAUGGGGCAAAUGGACAAACGGAAGGAACAAAUGUAGAAGAAGGAACACCCGUACCGACGGCAGCAUCACCAGUAGGAGCAACAGUACAGGUAGUAGAGGAAAGUGGAAUUAUUCAAGGUACACCGAGUGUAGGUCAUACAACAGGUGCCCCCGACGCUCCCGGGAAUAAGGGCGAAGAAGAAAGCACAGGGACCAAAGGGGAGCCCGAUUUCUGGGGACAGUGGGACCCGGAUCCUCAAUCCUGGAAUCCGUGGAGCAGUGAAACUGGAUCCGGAGGUAACGGACAGCAUGCUGGUAAAGGUGAUUCAAAGGUUACACAAAGUACGCACCAGGACGGAUCAGGGGUGAAACCGGGGCAGGACCAAGUGCCAGCUUCAUCUGCAGUACAACCAGAGGCAGAACCAGCCGAAUCAGAGACCACACCCACAUCUCCUGAAGCCACGACACAAUCAACACGAACACGAGGGGAGGGUAACACCAGUGCCACGAACGCUGACGAAUCCAGGGACGCCGUCGUCGAUGGCGUCAUCGAUGGCGGCAACGAUGACCCCCCUCCUCUCAAUCCACCCAAACCAAAACCGAACCCGAACCCAAAUCAAUCGGGUAGUAGUGGCAGUUUCAGUGAUGCCGAUUUGGCGGAUGGAGUGUCUGGUGGGGAAGGCAAGGGAGGUGCCGAAGUUGGUGGUGGUGGCGAACGAGGAGGUUCCUCUGGACCCGGAUCUACUGGUCAACAAAACCCUGGUUCCUCCGGUAUCGGCUCUACUAACCCGGGGGCACCUGCCACUCGUUUAACCAUAAAGGAUGAGUGGGACACAGAAUUGGAUAAAAUCCCUUUAUGGGGAAUAGGAUCCGUAACAACACCCUCCGCUACCACAAACGACGUGUCGAAAUCAUCCGUUAAAACACCCUCCGAACCGACGACGACGCAGCAAAGUACAUUAGAACCGUUGGACAUGUCUAAAGAGCCAUCUGACAAUUUUAUCGAUAAAAAUGAAGAGGUGGUACAGGAAGUCGAAUAUCUGGAAAGUGAAGAAAACGAUCCUGAAGAAGAAGACUCAACACCAUCAGACGUUGCAGAAGGACAUGAAGGAGAGUUGGAACAACAGUUGGACGAAGAUGAAGAGGAGGAAGAGGAGGAGGAAGAAGAAGAAGAAAUUGAAGAACAGCAAGAACAGCAAGAACAGCAAGAACAACAAGAACAAGAAAAAAAGGAAGAAGAGGAACCAAAAAAUGAAGAGGAAACAGAACAGCCACAGGCACAGCAAGGUGAUGAGAGCUCAAAAGAAAGUGGCACACCCGAAACACAAAAAAGCGAAGAAGUGUUAGAUGACAAAGGGGCUCAUAAAUUACUUGGAGGGGAGCAUAACACUGCUAACAAAACCAAUAAAGUAGAAAAGGCCUUCCUCAAAAAGGUGAUUGAUGAGAUCCAAGAUGAUACUAUGCACGACUUAAAGCAAGACGUGGGUCAUUAUUUUAAAGGUAAACAAUCAUCGUGA